UCUCCGUGCUGCCUGCCAGUCUGUCUUUUUGAGAUCUGCCUGUGCCGCUGCCAGCGACAAUCAUCCAUUCUUCGCCAGAUCACUACGUACGCUAGAGAAGCGCACCUCGGGCCUGACCACUGUGCCCCAGGCGGCCGGGCGCAAACCCGCCAGUUGGCCGCUCCUUGUGCGUACGCUGCUGCAGUCUGCACUCUUUCGUCCUCGUCAGCUCCCGCUAGCCUCCGCACGGCCGCCCAGUCGACGGUCACUCAGAGUGAGUCCUGCGCCGCCUGCCGACUGCACGCACGCGGUCAUGGCGCCACACAAGCUGGCCAGCGCGAGCCUGCGGUACAAGAACAAGCCCGCCGCGCGCAUUGCCCCCUUCCGCGACGACACCUCUCUCGUCGCCUUCCGCUACGAGCAGACCGUCCAGGCGAAGCCGCCCAUCCCCGUCAUCCCCGUCCCUCCCCGGAAUCCGGCCAGGACCACCACCCGCCCCAUCUCCGUUGCGUCGGGAACCACCGUCAUUGUGGCACCCCCGCCCAUCUCGCCAAACGAGCAGCACCCGGCCUUCCGCACCCGCCACGACGCCCGGCCCUCGUCAGUCGCCGACGACGGGAAGCGCGACUCGGUGCUCGCCCCUGCAACCCCGACCUCGACCAUCCGCGAGGAGUGCGAGGACGACCCGGUCUUUUUUCCCAGACACAAGGUCCGGGAGCCCGCCGUGUCCAUCCUUGGCGACGCCACCGGUUUUACCACUCGUACCAGCCACGAGACGGUGGCCUCUGGCGCCGCCGCCGGUGCGCGCCGCGCCCUCUCGACCGACAUUCCAACCCAUGCCCUGUUUGAAAGCCCCAGGGCCGCCCCAAUCCCAACCUCCCCGCGCCUUGCCUCGGGCUCGUCGUCGCCCAUCAGCAAUCCGCCAGUAAGUCUGACCCGUGCGGCCAGCAGGAAGAUGGCGAGAGCCUUUAGUCUGCGGCCCGCGCCUGGCCGUCAGUCGAACCGGUUGAAGAAGAAGAGCCUGUCCAAGGACAUGGACGAGAUGGACGUCGCACCACCUGCAGCCGAGAACCCGCUGUCAUCCCCCUCGACUGGGGGCGAUCCUGCACCCCUGUCGCCCCAAUCGCGGGGCUCCUCCUCGCCCGCCAUGUCCCAAAAAGGGCAGCUGCUAGGCCUUGGGGGCGGGGCUAAUGAAGAUCCCUGCCCGCCGUCGCCGUCGCAUUCCCACGCCCAAUCUGACGCUUCUGAAUUUCUUCCCAUCACCACCGACAUCCCGACAGAUAGCCUCCUGGAGGAUGACUUCCUCACCCAAUUAACCUUCUCCCAUCGGGGUAGUGUCAUGUUUGGUGGGAAGCGUGCCGUGGGGAAGCCACCGAAAACUCCUACUAAAUCCACGCCGCCUCGCGCCAUGGAGCCUGCCUCACCCGGCACCACGACCACCUCGGCCGCCAUCGUGGUCGCGGUCGCGCCACCCUCGCCUGAGACCGUUACCGGCGCGGCCCCGCCGACCCCAUCGUCCUCCCGCACCAACCCGACCGCCGGCGGCUCAACCCAGAGGUCGCCCCCCGCUCCUACAUCCAAGAUGCUGGAAACUCCCAACAUCCGAAUCUUGGCCGUCGACAUGGAGAGAGAAUCCCAAAAGGUGAGAUCGCUCUAUGGGCCCGACGAGGAGGAUGGCGGGUUGGUCGAUGGGGGGCCGGGCUUGUCGUUUGGAGACCACCCCGAGCCUGCAGCGGAGGUCCCAUCGGACGGGGAAGUGAAUGCCGCGUCCCGUUCCCCCGCAGGCGACAGCCUGUCCCCAAAUCGCCAUUUAGCAGAUACGUCGCGGCCAACCAGCUCGUCGUCGCCGCCACGAGAUAACCUCACUAAGAGGGAGUUUGAGCUGGCAGGUGGCAUAGAGGACUGGGAGGACGUCGAUGGCGCCGAUGUCGACCGCUUCGGUUUCAUCUCUUCAAACCCGAGGAGAACCGAGUCCAGAGGAGAGGGCGCCGCGCCCCAACCCCAGAGGUCGACGCCCAGGAAGAGGAAUGUGCUAGUUAAGAGGAUGGACCCCGCCGUCCAUGGCUCGACCUUGUCCCCGGGCCGUGGCCCGACCCGAAAAGUCUCGGCACGCUCCUUGAACACACAGGCCUCGGAGUUUUCCACCACGUCGAGGCGGUCAGGCCGCUCCUCGGUCAGGGCCGCGGCCAACCUGCUCCCGCACAACCGGGAUAGGAGACUGAUGGACGAGGCCGGGGCCAUGCUGACGAUGGCACCUGGUCUAUCUGACAUUGUCGAGGACGAACAGGUGGAGAAGAUCUCAGAGACCUUCAAGAGGAAGGAAUGGGAGAGGACCGAGAAGUGGAGAAAAAUGGCCAAAGUCAGCCAAAGGGGCCAGUCGUCGGGGCAGGGCAUGGAGUUCCACUUUGACCCAAAGAACGCCAAGGUGAUCGAUCGCACCUGGAAAGGCAUCCCCGACUGCUGGCGCGCCGUGGCCUGGUACUCGUUCCUCACCGCAAGCGCCAGACAGCACGGCUCAGACACCACAGACGAGCAGCUGACGGCCGAGUUCCAGCGCCUGCAGGAUGUCAGCUCGGCCGACGACACGCAGAUCGAUCUCGACGUCCCACGAACGAUUAACCGUCACAUCAUGUUUCGUCGGCGCUAUCGCGGGGGCCAGCGCCUUCUGUUCAGGGUCCUGCACGCGCUAUCGCUCCACUUCCCAGAAACCGGCUACGUCCAGGGUAUGGCCUCGCUGGCUGCCACUAUGCUGUGUUACUACGACGAGGAGAAGGCGUUUAUCAUGCUGGUACUUAUGUGGAGGUUCAGAGGACUCGAGAGGCUCUACGAGCCAGGCUUCGGUAGCCUGAUGACGGCGCUGAAGGACUUUGAGACGGACUGGCUCAGGGACAAGGAGGUCGCUCAUAAGCUGACCGAGCUGUGCAUCGACCCAACAGCUUAUGCCACCCGCUGGUAUCUCACCCUAUUCAACCUCUCGGUUCCGUUUCCGGCCCAACUACGGGUGUGGGACGUCUUUAUGCUCCUUGGGGAGCCAUCGCCGCCGAACACGGGCGCAGAAUCUGGCGAGGCGCCAAUGAACCUGGACAUCCUCCAUGCUGCGGCAGCUGCAUUGAUACACGCCCUGGCCGAAGUUCUCCUAGACUCAGACUUUGAGAAUGCCAUGAAGGCUUUGACAUCUUGGGUUCCCAUCAAGGACGAGGAGCUCUUGAUGAAAAUCACAAGGGCUGAGUGGAGGCACCGUCAGGGAAAGAAGAAGGCUUAG